UCUUAUUGAAGCUAAAAUUUAAACUCGGUAAUCUUCAUAAAUUCUACCAUUGACAAAACAUAAACUUUAAAAUGAGGUGGAUGAGUGGAUCCACUUUAUCUCUCUUAUGUUCUGUCUCCUCAAUUAGUCUUCUUUUUAAUGGUGUUGGCCAUUAUAAAUACCUUACUUCCCCAUGUCAUCUUUCUCAAGCUUAUCACACCCUUCACCCUCUUUUUUUUCCCUUCUACUCACUACACCUAAAUCUCCUUCUUCUAAAAAAAAAAAUAUUUUUUUUUUAAUAAAAAUAUAUACAAAGGACAAAGAAAGAAGAAAAAAUGAGGAGUAUUCCUACCACAAAACUAAACACAAAUUUCACCAACACCCCCAUAAUUAAUACUCACACCUUAUGGCACUCUCCAAUUCCAUAUCUAUUUGGAGGAUUAGCUGCUGUUAUGGGCCUCAUAAUCUUGGCUUUGUUGGCACUAGCUUGCUCUUAUUGUAGACUCUCAAGGGACAACCAAGAUGGGGCCCACAAUGACUUGGACAAUAAAGAAGGUGACCCUCAAACUAAGGAACCCACCAAGGCCUAUGAAGAGAAGGUCCUUGUCAUUAUGGCUGGGAAUGAGAAACCAACUUUUUUGGCAACACCUAUAGUCUUGUCGAAAGAAAUUGACAACCUUGUACUUGUACCAGCUAAUGUUGCUCCACAAGAAAAUGAAGGUUCUUGCUCUUCACAACAUAGGUAGUGAUUUUGCUUCACUAGUUGGUUGGUAAAGGAACCAUCCUCUACGGCUGCUUUAUAGUGCAACAACAAUAGAUGAUCUAAUCAUAGAUGGACAAAAUUUCAAUUGUUGAAUUAAUCUUACAUCUAAAUGAUUAUGGACACUAUUAGUCGUGUUAGAUUAAAUUUAGACUUAAGAGUAGGGAAAUGAUGGGAUAAUUUUAUUUAUUAAUUUUUCAAUAUUCCAUCAUUGAUUCACUACUCUUCUUCUUUUUUGUUUUUUUAGAUUUUGUUUGGAUUACCACCUUUAUUAUAGGUAUGUCCACAAGCAAUGAGUGUAAAUUUAACUAUUUAAGGUUAUAGAAAUUUGAAUUUUGGGAGUUUCCUUUCA